AUGGCUUCUUUGACCAAGAACAUUUGGCCCAAAGAUGGGAGGAACCGAUCGCAUAUCCCGGCUAUGCCGGUUUGGGUUGCAGUUGUUAGGAUAGCACAACUUAUUCUCUCUAUUGCGACAUUAGCAGUCACCGUUUAUGGUCUGACUACGAUGCAAAAGGCGACAAAUUAUCGCAGGAUAACGUCCUUCAGCGGUACUGAAGGUUUCCCGUUUUCGUGGUUUGCAUUUGCCUGGACAUUUUCUUAUUUAACAUGGCUGGGCGUUGCUGUUAUGUACAUUCCAAUUAUGUAUAACUGCUGGGUACACCUCGGCCUCGAACUUCUCACAAUCGUCUUUUGGAUGAUUACUAUGGCUCUGUUGGCGAGCCAUGCCGAUGAUCUCGACUCCCUCGACGCAUUCAUCGUGACAUUUGGACCCAAGUACGAGAUAUAUUACAAGAUGAACGUUGAGCCCUUUGCCGAAGGCUUCGUUGCCGCCACCUUUGCCGGGACAGCCAUCUCAACAGUUAACUUCGUCUUGUUCGUUAUUACCAUUUCUGUUUUUGGUCGCGCUCUUCACGCCUACCGGAAAGCAAACUUGGAAAAGGCACCUAGCACCACCGAUUCCCAGAAGACGAUUCAAGCCGAGGGGGACAAGAUGGUCGCCUCACCACAAAUGACAUCAGCCAUUACUUCCUACAUCCACUGGCAGCACAACAACCAAUAUGCUGUACCCCAUCCCCAGGCUUAUCCUUAUUACCCCCAGCAAUACGCGCAGUCGCCGCACUCACAAACGAACUCGUCACCUCCGACCUCCGUGCCGCCUCACGGCUUCCAACCCGCAUACUUCCCCGGCUCCCAGUGGCCGCCGCAACCGCCACAACAACAACAACCUCCCCCCGAGGGCGGUGUCUGGCCGCAACAGAACUACAGCAUGUAUCAGCAACAAGUACCCAUCGCCCCCCAACACACCGGUCAAACCGGAACCGAUUUGGGCACGCCUCAGUUCCCAAUGGUGAGCCCCGUGGCAGCCACCAAGUCCGACAUGCAGGGCGUCUAUCCAACGCCGCCUCCUGGAAGCACGGCAAUAGGACAUACAGGAUACCAGCCGCAUCAUCCAGUACAACCACCGCCGCCGCCACCGCCACCGCCUGGUUCGACACAAUCACCAGUCGAGUUAAACGAUGGCCGGGGGGAGGAGAACAUGCCGGCGGAACUGCCCAAUAACCCUCCUAGAUCACCGAGAUGA